AAAAGAUCGAUGUUGAGCUAGCGCUCCCCUCCAGAUGGGAUAUCAAAGUUGCUAUACUUAGCUAGCUCCUCCUGACCACUCUCUCGUGCUGACAGAUAUGAUGGAGAUCACCUCCGUGCGAUUCCUCCUCCUGAUCGCUCUCUCGUGCUGCUGCUGCGGCUUGUCACUUGCCCCAUCGUCGUCCACUCCCGAUUUCCCCUUCUGCGCUGGCUCGCGUGAGUAUAUAUCUAGCUAGCUGCUGCUUUGUUCAUCUUCAUCGGAAGACCUACCUUGAGCACUGCUUUGCGACCACUAGCACGCGAGCCGCACGGGGCUUCGACGACGGCGACGCUAGGUUUUAGUGUCCGGGGCUUCUCUGUGACGGCGCGCUGAGGCCUCCCGCCAGCAGUGGAAGGAGUGCCGGAGAAGGACAAAGUUAACGGCGGGAGAGGAUGCCGGAGGGAGAGGCAGGGCACGACGCGCGCGCUGGCAGUAGCUAUUCGUUGAUCCUCCACGUUCCGCUUGUAGCUAGUAGUCAGCUAGCUGUGCGUAGUUGAUUAUGCAUGAACAGAAGAACAUUCACGUGUUCGUCGGUUGCAUGCAGGGGCGCCGGUGAUGCUUGGGGAGGCGCUGAGCUUUUGCGGCUACACCGGGGUGAGCUGCUGCGACGCCGUCGACGACGCCGCGCUGAGGGAGGAGUUCGAUGCCAUGAUGAGCGCUCCCCAACCUGACGCCGCGUGCGCGGCCAGCACCGUCAAGGCCGCCCUCUGCGCGAUCAGGUGCGGCCCGUCUCCUUCGUCCAACAGCACGGCUGACUGGACGGCCACGGCGCGGUCACUUCCACUCCUGUGCGCGUCUCCGCCUUCUCCCACGAGCUCCGCCCACAAUCCCGACGGCGACUUUGCAGCCAGAUCACCGCACCAAGGCGCUAUUUGUCUUGAGAGAGUCGCCGAGGGCGCGUACCACGGCAUGGCCGCACACCCAGACGGCUCCGGCCGAGUCUUCCUGUCGACCCAGGACGGCAAGAUCUGGCUGGCGUGGAUCCCCGCGCAUGGAUCCGGAGGCGCCCUGCGGGUCAACGACGGGGUCAGUCCGUUCCUCGACCUCACGGACCGGGUACGACACCGCGACAGCGCAGCGGUGCUGGGGUUGAUGGGCGUCGCGUUCCACCCGGAGUUCGCCACCAACGGCCGCUUCUUCGUCUCCUAUCACACCUGUGGUAGCAGCGCCUCGCCCACCUGUGACGCCGGCAGGUGCUCGGCUGCUACUGGAAAUGGUCCGAUUCCGUGCCGGCACCAGCUCGUCGUCGCUGAGUUCUCUGCAAAAGGCAACGGUGAUUACUCCAAGCAUGGCGGCCAGAUCCUAUUCUGGCCAGGUGAUAGUGAUGGAUACCUCUCUCUUAUCAUCGGGCAUGGUGGAGACGAAGAAGAAGCAUACGGUCGGUUCGAUUCCUCUGAGAACAAGGGGGAAUUUCUGGGCAAAAUCAUCGGGUUCGACGUCGACCGUAUGACGGGUGCAGACACACCCGAGGUUUUCGCCCUGGGUCUCGGCGACCCCAGGGGUUGCAGCUUGGAUUCCGAGAGGCCUGCCUACUUGUACUGCGCCAACGUCGACGAGCAACAGUACGAGCAGGUGUUUUUGAUCUCCAACAAGGCUAGGAGGAACUACAGCGCCUCCUCGCCCAAUGCCUUCUCCCUCGUCAUCGGCCAUGGCCGCCCCGCUGCCGGCAGGGGCCCAUCGAUCGUCGGUGGUCUCGUCUACAGAGGUUCCGCGGAUCCGUCGUUGACAGGAAGGUACCUGUAUACGUAUGGUUCCGUAGCGUGGGCUGCCGUGGAGACACCGGAAGGCAGCGGGCGCCACGCCACCACCCAGAUCCCCAACGUCAGGUGCUCCAGGAGCAGUCCGCUGCCCUGCCACGGUGCCGGUGGCAUCAGCGGCCGCGUCGUCUCCUUCGGCGAGGACACCAGCAAGGACGCCUUCAUUCUCGCCACCGACGGAGUCUACCGAGUUGUGGCACCCGGCCUCUGCGGCGGCGAUCCUCCUCCGCCCCAGCCUUCGCCAGCGACGGGGCUAGCCUGGGUGCUGUCCCUGGGAGUGUUCGCCUUGGCUUUUGCGUUCUGCAUGGUCUACUCGACAGUAUCUGUCGGCGGUGGAGAACUUAUAGCAACAAGCUGCAAUGGCUGGUGUGGCUGCUGCGGCUCCGUCAUGUGCUGCAUUAGCGUGACAAACAACGACGGCGUAGCUGAUCAGAACGGAGCAUAG